UAUUAUAAAUUUCUAGAUGAAUUGUAUUUUUACAGUUAUUAUUUUAUAGAAUAAAAAUACAUGUAUUUUUGUAGGUUGGUUCUCAAAUAUUAUUAUUUUAUUAAAUUUGCUCAGUUUUUUACACUAGCCCAAGUUGGCAUCGGAGAAAUUAUUAAUUUAUACUAGAUUAUUAAUUUAUCGAUUAUUAAUUUAAACAUGUUAUACUGUAGUUAGGAUUAAUAACCCAUAAUAUCAUCACUACUUUUCAUUCAUAAAGUGUUUUUCUUUCGUUUUAGCUAAGAAGUAAAAUUGUGUGUAUUUUUUCAAAUAAAAUAUAAGAGUUGGUCGACCCACCCGUACAUGCUGAGUUUUAUCUUCUCCGACCCACGCUUGAUGCAAGCGGGUAUAGGUAUUAUCGUAUUGAGGUACUCGUCCCUCCCUAUCCCAUAUGGCGAAGUUGUCUGGAAAAUUUUUCCGAGUGACAAAAUUAACCAACCUGCAAUUUACCACAGAAAAAAAAAAGAAUAGGAAAGCGGAACCCAAGUGCAUGUACCGGAUUAAAACAGGGAUGUACAGCAGUGAAUUAGCCAACAGGAUGACAAAUAAUCAUUCAGCGAGGCCACGUGGCAAGCGCCCAGCUCCAAAACUUGGCGGGUGCUUAUGUCACCUAAAAACCCAUGAGGGCGCUUUCGUCAUUUUCACAAACCUUGCCCCUCCCUUUCCCCAAAACCCCGAUUCGCUAGGGUUUAUUUGCUGCCUUAUCCCCUCCACCGCGCGCCUUACUACAAAAAAAAAAAAAAAUCCCUCUGCCCGCCAGAAGCAACCCACCAACCUAAAAAAAGGACCGGAGUGUGGCAGACUCGCAGACAGAGAGAGACAUCCUCUGUUGUCGGUGUUCAUCUCACCUCUGCUAUUUCCCAUAGCCAUUUUUCUUCCCGCCUCCUACCUCUCCAAACUCUGUUUUUAUCUUUGCCUUCUUCUGUUCUCUCUGUUUCACACGAUCACCUGCAUGCAAGUAAUCGCAAGAUCGUCUUCAGAGAGAGAGAGAAUUCGUGCUGUGCUAUGGAUCCCGACACGGAGAAGGAGAAAUUAGGGGGCGGCGUUGAGGAAGACCGUGGGGAGAAGAAGGUGUGCUCCGACUGCAAGACUACAAGGACUCCGUUGUGGAGAAGCGGACCCGCCGGCCCAAAGUCGCUGUGUAACGCUUGUGGAAUCAGAUUCCGGAAGCGGAGAAGAGCUGCUGCAGUGGAAAACCCCGUCGCGAAGAAACGAGCCACACCGCCGCAGAUGGCCACUUCAUCCUCCGCCGCCGCGAGUACAAGCGAGUCGACCACCACAACCGACACCUCCAAAUCUUCCUCCUCCACCGCCGUCGGUGCCCGCAGUAACAGCAGCGGGAGCAGUAUCUCUGCCGCCGGCCCGGUGAAGGUCAGAGUGGUGUGUUCCGGAAGGGGAGGAGGUAUGAUGGUCCGAAGAUCCCCGCCGCCGCAGCAGCAGCCGCUGCCGGAGGUGAUAGUGAAGAAACAGAGGUGUCAGAGGAGGAGAAGGAAGCUGGCGGAAGAAGAACAAGCUGCCUUCGUCCUAAUGGCUCUCUCUUGCGGCACAGUUUUUGGCUGACGGAAGGGUGGAGGGAAGAAUGAUUGAUGAUCUAAGAAGAAAACAUCGAAGUUCGCAAAAACCUAGGGGAAAGGGAAAACCACCACCAAAGGCGACGGGUUUUCAGUUUUAGUGACGUUCCGAUGAUGAUGUUUUGUUUGUUUGUCCGUCGUUCUGAUGAAAUUAGGGGAUAGGAUUUGGGCUAUGUGAUUGUAAUCAGAUAUAAGAGAGUGGUAGUAGCUGUAGUGGUGGUAGGAGUAGUUAAGAUGGUUGGGGUUAUCCUGGUGGGAAAUUUUGGGGGCUAUGUGUAAAGAAGAUAUAGUUUGGGAAUCAAAAUCGAAGUAUUAAUAUAUUUUUUCAGCAAGGAAUCGGGACUCAGGUAUAGUGCUAUUAAACGGUUGUCGGUUUAGUUUAGUUUUUUUUUUAAAUUUUUGAGUGAUAUCAAUGAGAAAUAAUAGUUAAAUUUACAGUUUUACUCAUGAUCCCUAAAAGAUUCUAAAGAAGUCAUUCCCAAGAAUUCAAAAGAUUCUAGCUCUACAAGAGACAAAAGCAGUGCUUUACGCGCAACUUUAUGGGCAACAUUGUUGGCGGAUCUAGGUACCGUCCUGAACUCUAUACAAACAGAUAAAGAGUUAAGGAUCUGAAUACACUCCCGUAACACUGGACUACCAAUCGAGUCUUCUGAGACGUUUUGACGGACUUGAUUGACGACCACUUCGGAAUCACCUUCGAUAAGGAUCUUGAGGCCACAAAGGAGAUAGCAUCCCUGAAAGCUAGAAGCUCAGCCAGAUAAGGGUUGUCGGUUUAGUUGGCUAAUUGCAAAAUCGAACAAAAAAAUCGUAGUUAGUCUGCCAACCGCUAACCAUUUAGAAGUUGCGGUUGGCUGCGGCAGUUAUGCCAUUUUGGUGUUGCGGCUAACAUGGUUGUCGGUUGAAAACAGAUAAAUGCGUCGGUCACCGCAUCACCGCUCCUACCCGCUUCAUUUUCCAACUAAAUUCCCUUCCUUCCCUACUCUUCAUGCCUCCAUUAAAGCUCCAAACCAGAAGAAUCAUCGUUGCCCUGCCAUCUCCCUUGUCGCCCCUGCCAUUCUCGUCCCUCCGCUCUCCUCAAAGCCUCACAUCCAACCCUUCCAUCAAUCGCCAAUCGUGACUCUUCAGUCUCGACCUCAAUCACCUCCUUGUUGUUGUUGCCCCGUCGUUCGCCUUCCUUUGUCUUUGGGCUUGGAAAGUGUGAAAAGACUUCUGAUCUCCCCCCUUGUGUCUUCCCUGCCUUCAACGAUGAGCAAUCGUAAAUUGCAUGGGAAUCAAGAGAACUAUAACCGAUAAUCCCCGUAGGUGGCGGUUGGCAAUCGUGUGCCCAAAUCGAUUGGUGGAUAACCGACAAUUAAAUGCGGUGAAAUCGAAACCGUACCGAUUAUCAACCAUACUCAGGGGUAACUCGUUAGAUCUAGCUCCUCGCUCUUAUUUAUUAUUUAUUUUUGUGAUAUGCUCCUCGUUACUUUCUUACUUUACUUUUUUUGAAGUCUAAUUGUGCACAUGGCCUCAUGUUUUAGGUACUGCCUAUUUUUUAUCUAAACCUUUUUCAGAUUUUUUUAUAUUAUCAAAAUCUAUUAAAAUGCUAUUAAUUAGCCAAAUCUUUCGUAAUGCAUCAAGAUAUUAGCCAUUUUUACGUUAUUGUUAAUUUGUAAUUCUUUUCUUAGUGAAAAUACGAAAAAUUUGGAAUGUUGACCCUCAUGUUUCUCUUCCAAGUCAAUAUCAUAUUGCCAAGUCAAUAUUACUAACAAAAUUGCUAACUAAAAGUUAACAUUUGGCUAAUUCUUAGUAUUUCGAUAAGUUUGGAUAAUAUAAAAGUAUCUGGAAA